GAAGCAACAAUCAUAGAAAACAAGAAGUCAAACAAUCAUCCAGUGAAAAGAGUAAACAAGAACCAUGAGCUUUGUGGGACGAGCGUUGGCAGCUACCAGUAGUAGGACCAUUCCAGUGGCUCGAGCAGGGAACCGUCCACUCGCCUUUGCUUCACAACCGCGCAGUUCCCAACGUCGUCUCUUUUCUUCCGAAUCUCCUACUACCAAAACCGUUGCUGCCGAAUCUCCCUCCUCGACUGUUGCGCAACUGCAGAGUAAUAAUGGCAAUUCCGAUUUGCUCGCCCGACAUAAUAAUGUAGUAGUGAUAAACAACAUUCCGAGACAUGGAAAGGGCGAUAAAGUUUUGACCCUCAAUGUCGGCGGGAAGGAAUUCUGCACGCUGCGAUCCACCGUGGCAUCCAACCGCAUCUUGGCCGAACAUGUGGCGCGAGCCGAAGCCAAUCAGGAAUUCACUCAUGGUGGCUCGGCCGUCUUUAUUGACCGAGAUCCUCAGCACUUUCAGCUCAUUCUCAAUCACUUGCGCAACAAGGUAGAGGGCCUCUCUUACUCCUCCAAAAAGAAAAUUAGUUACAAGUCCAGUUAUGUGCAGUUGCCCAAAGAUAUCAAGGAAUUGAGGGAUAUCUACGUCGAAGCCACACAUUAUCAAAUUAAAGAACUACAGGCAGCAUCUUGCGAACAAAAUGCCAUUGUCACGAUUAUUGGGGCACUGGGUGGUGGAGGUGGCAACCCUUUUGAUCAGUCAGCAAGGCUCCUACAGCAAGUACGGCGAGGGUUUGUCGCCUUGGGAGGGAUCAGCACAGUGGCGAUUGGAUCCCAACAAACCGACCUGAAUUCCAUACUAUCGUCGCUCUUUCCAGCAUGGUUCCCACCCAAAGACAAAGAUGCAGAUACGCCUGUAGUGGCCUAACUGACAACGACGGAACUCGAACACUUGAUUGCACCUUGUUUUUCAAGAAAGAGACAACAAUUAAUGCAGGUACCAAAACAGAGGCGCCAGAGCAGCAGUGGCAUCGCAACGGCAGCACGGCAGAAUUUUUGAAUGACUCGUGCUGUUGGAUUUGCUGUCAUUUGUAACAAUUCUUGUUUACUAGUCCAGUAGUAGGCUGAUGGUUCGUACAAUUGCAAGUUUUGAACUGGACUUUUAAUUAGAAUGAGUCAAUCAGUUCGUUCAGAACAGUCUCAAGCGCCAAGGCGGGAUCGGACAACCGUCUUCCUGGGGCCACUUCAGCACUUCCUCAUGUUUGAAACGGAACACCCAUUGAGGUUGUCAGAUCAUUCCAUCUGCAGCCAUUUUCACAAGCACAGAUCAGUACAUGGAAUCCCAGGGACAGCCAUUGUUUCUGGUCCAGUUCAAGACGGCCAUAUUUCCAGCUCUUGCAGCAUCAGGUACCGGUAUCUGGUCCCCAUGGACCCGAAGCCCAUUUUCCUUCGUAAUUUAUGUGAGCUCCGGAAGGCAGCUUUUUAGCAGUUGAGGUACUACCUGGUACCGAUAGUACCGGUAUGGUGAAAUCAUCAGUGCACUGUCCAACUUUUCUAUUCAAUACAACUUGGGGGUGAUCGCCCCCGCACUCUUGCUGCUGGAUCAUUGCAGAGUGACCAAUCAAGCGGACAAUCCUUCAUUGUAUCCACUCUUGUCUGAUUCCUUCUCAAGAGUGC